GGAGCUGGAAAAGGUAAUUUUAGUACGACAUAUGUGUGUUCAGAAUGAGGCAGAGAAAAGACCAACAAUGUCUGAGGUUGUGGAUAUGCUGAUGAAUAAUCUAUGGAGAAAAUGGGUUAUCUUGAAGAAUCUGGUUUUGGUUCUGGAUAUGGAGGUGGCUAAACUGACAAACAUUCAAGCUUCUGAGGCUGCACAGAUUGUGGGGAUAUGUGUCGAUGCUCACAUUGAAACUGAACUGCCUUGGUCCCUUGCUGAUAUUGUUUGGUAUAUCUACACCUUCCAGCUCAAGUUAAAGAACUUCAAUUUUACUUCAAAGAACCAAAACCUUCACCAUUUCUCGCGUUUUUCCUUCGCGAGAGCUUGCAUCUGCGCCAGCCUUUGUUGUAAAUGUGCAAAGGUCUCUGAAGCAGUGCAGCCUGAAGUUGUGGCAAAUAGAUCAUAUGCCAAAGUUGAUAAGACUUGCUGUGUAACAGAGGCGCCAUCUAUAUCUGAUGGUUCACUUGCCGGACGUACAUCAUCAUGUUGCUUUGGACGAAGAAACCACGUUUGGAAUGAGUCUACUAUGAGAACUUAAACUACCACGUCUUUAUUUAUCAAAUAAUUGAUUUCGUAUCUAUUUCCCUUUGGAAGGAGUCUACUAAUGAAAUUUAUUACCUUUUUUAAAAAUUCUCAAGUGUCGUGGUUUUUUUUAUUAGUAAUAAAUCAUCUUUCAAUUAUCUUUAGUUCUAUUUCUCCUAUUUAAACUUUCUAAUUUCUUUACCUCUAUUUAUCCUUUUUCUACUCUACGUGGUGGUUGUUGUUUCAAUUAGUAAUGCAAAUCAUUUUCAGAACAAAAGAUUUACAUCACGUGGAUCUGUAAAGUCAAUAGUCAUACGCCCUUGCAUGGAUAUCAAAUUUGCAAUGCUUAUGAAACCGUGGCUACAGAUAAAUUUUGUACUUUCCAAUGACACCCGUAAACAACAUGCUAAGCUCGCAACACAUAUGAAUAAUAAAGUAAUAAACUGAAAAUAAUCAAAUCUCAAUUAUACAAUCAGAAAUUCACAAACCAUUAAGCAUUUAGUUUACAACAAAGGAGUUCACAAACUGAAUUUCUUAAGCACACAAGAUUUAAAACAAUAACACUGAAAAAAACACGACCAUCGUUGCGCCCAAGGUACGUAUUGGCCACUCCGCGUCUGCCAGUGACAGUUUGAAACAUGUUACAAGUCAAAAUUAGAGCUAAGAUAAGGUUCACGGCAAUAAUAACAAUGAUACGUUAAACGUCGUCGACAAUUACUAUCCCGACACAUAACAAGCAGCUUCAAACUUUAAUUGAACUGUAAAGUUGCAGGGUAACUACCCGCCUCCCAAAUGAAUCAUUCUAAUGCAUACUGUAAAUGCAAUGAGAUUGGCAUAAGACAACCAAUAAUUAACUUACUGGAUUCAUGAUUCCUAUGAAGACAAAAUAUUUAACUAAUACUCCCACAAUGAAGCCUCCAAUAAAUUAUCACAUCUUUGAUAUAGAUAUAUAAUCACAAAAAAAUACAAACAUUUUCACUUUUCCUUAUGAAAACAUCAACUUUACUGUAUGUUUAAAUUUUAAAUAAAUUAAUUUAUUAUGAUUAUGAGUUUUUUAUUUUAUUUUUAUUAAAUUGACCAGUUACAAUCACUUACGUUGUUUUACUUUGAACUAAACAACUCCAAAACAAAGUAAUACACGCUGUUUGCUAACCACUAUAAGAUGGAUCAAAAAAUAUCAUUCUCUUUUAACAUAUUUUUAUUUUCACAUUUUUGAACAUAUUUUAUUUAUUAAGACCAGAAAAUAAAUUGUAAAUUUAUUUAAAAAUAAAACAUAUGAACCCGGCGCGUAGCGCCGGAAAACCGCUAGUUAUACAUUAAGAUGACGUUAAAACAUCAUUAUUCGUUUAAAACAGGAAAUAUAAUAAUUAUACAUGACAAUACUGAGUAAUCUAGUCCAGCUCAUUUGCAAAGUCGCAGGCAUCGAGGUACAAUGUCCCUUCAAAGUUUUCAGUGAGGUUCACUUCUUUAGCUUUGCCUUUCGUGGACUCUUGAUAUAACUUAUAGAGAUGUGGGAGAGUACGACAGGUACGGGACCAAUGUCCUUUACAGCCAGAUUUGUAACACACUGUCUCACGUUUCUGGGUGGUAUCCACUUGAGUUUCUUUACCCUUAGGAACUUGUUCGGAUCUAACCCACUUGUUAGAUCCCUUCCAUUUGGGAUUGUAAGUUUUUUCACGUUUGUUGUUGAAUCGGCGACCAUAACCUCGGUUGCUCUGGUUUCUCCUUUCCGAAUUUUCUAUCGCUGUAGCAUUCACUUAAUGAAAUCCUUUGGCUCCCCAUAGGUCGGGAAUUGUGGUUUUUGAUCAGAAGCUCAUUGUUCUUUUCAGCCAACAUGAGCGCAACCAUCAAUUCAUAAAAUCUCGUGUACCCGCAUUUUCUGUAAAUUCCGGGCAGGAAGUGAAGCUGUUUGUGGAAAGUGUUGUACGUUUUAUUCAUCAUUUCUGUCUCAGAGACAGGGUUAUCACAAUAUUUCAGGAGUGAAAUUAUCCUCAGGACAGCGGAAUUGUAAUCCUCAACCUUUAGAAAAUCUUGGAACCUCAGGUUUUUCCAUUCUUCUAGAGCGUGAGGGAGGUUGACUUCUCUAUGGUUAUCGAACAUUUCUUUUAAAUCUUGCCACAGUUCAGUUGGGUCUUCUACGCUUGCAUAGUCGUGCGUAAGAUUCUCAUCUAAAUGCUUCUUCAGGAAGAUUAUCGCUUUGGCUAUAUGCUCGGGCGGCGAUUUGUUACCGAUUUUUAUCGUUUCGGUUAACUUCUUCAUUACAUGGUAAGGUAUCACAUUUAUGACAAAUCUGAUGUAAUUUUCGCCAGUUAUUUUCAAAGCUGGAACUGAAGUUUCUCGAUGUUCACCAUUUGUAUUUUGAAUCACAGAAUAAUCGUGCUGAUAACGUGUUAUGAAAUAACUUAUAAUUUUAUAGUAUCGAGAAAUUUAAAUAAGGGUGAAAUUUUAUAACUGCAGGAAGGAGAUAAAACUGACAUAUAAUAAAUAUACGACAUAGAUAGUUUAUUAUAAAGGAAGAAAAAAAGUGUAAGGGACGAAUUACAAAUGAUCGAAAUCGAUUAUUUAUAUAGAAGUAAAAAAGUAGAAGUUACUGUGUAAAUAAUGACAGUGGGUUCCACUUAAUUUUCUUUCGCAAGAUCAUUUCAAUGAUCGGUGCAGCUUUGGUUGAUAUCUUCUUUUUCACGUUUACAACAAAAUACUCUUUGUUUUCUGUUUAAACAAGACUGGAUAUGUGAUCAUUUGAUCAAUUGAUCACUUUUGAACACAUGAAUUAUCUUCCCACCUGUCUUUCAAACCACCCAAAUGCGACCAGAUUAUGCAUCUAUAACUUGAUGCCCAGCACGCAAGUUUCAAAAGAAAUGGCAAUAAUAAUCUUGUAACAUCGUGAAGAAAAAUCUCGCAUUUUACACCAAAAAAAAAAUCUCGCAUUUAGAACUUUUGAUCUGACUUACCAAUAAAGUCAACAAACUAAGGAAGGUCGAAAAUUCGUGGAUGAAAUGAGAUACAGUGUAGUUAAGAAGCCAAGUAGGUCAGUCCGUAUAGACCUUUGACCAAAAAAAGAGAGCAAAAAAUUGGUGAACAAAAAAAAA